AUGGAGAAAGGCUUAAAACGGAAACGAGAGGAGGACUAUCCUCGAAUUACCUACAAUGCCGGUCCUAGGACAUUCGAUCGGUUGUUCAAAGAAGAGUCCCUGGAGGAGAUGAAAAAUGUCGUCCGAAAGAAGCUAGGGUAUUCGAAGGACGUAUCGCUUCAACUGGCUCAGUUGCGCGACGCUAGAACCGUGGACCUCGAGGACGACGACGAUUUCGAAGCGUUCUGCUCAGCAGCUCGCACACUGCCUGUUAUCGUAGUUCAAGUCACUGUUCCUAAUGAUACCGGCUCUGAAACGCCUCUUUCCCCAACAACCAGAACGCCAACACCCGUCACUGAAUCGCCCAAGAAGAAGCGCAAGAAGCGAAAACAUACUGCCGACGAGGCUGGGGAGGCAUCGGGGAAGAAACGCAAAAGCCCCGGAGACGAGCAAACAGAACCUCCUGCCGAAGUGGACGCUCCGCCUCCAAGGAAGAAAAAGAAGAAGGACAAGGCGAAAGAUGCCAAUGGCGAGAAGACCUUGGAGAAGGAAAAUGCCGCCCAGAAAAACGCGUCUAAGUCGCCCGAUAAGCCGGAGAAAGCGACAUUAGUAGCAACCAAAGAUUCUAGCAAAUCGACCGACGAUGCUACUACGUCCAACCCGAGGGCCAAUAGCGACGUCGCGACUGCUGCGCAACCUCCAUCUAUCACCGGAAAGUCCAAAAAGGCGCUAAAGGAGGGGAGAGACUCCAUUGUCGACACCUCCACGGCGAAUGCGGCUACUUCAGGCGGUGACAAGGACGCGGAGGAACCACCGGUUAAGCCGAAGCGGAAGAAAGAGAGGAAAAAGCCGUCUGAGAAGGCGAAGGAAGGGGAAGGUCUGCCUCAAAAGGCAUCAGAAAAGACGAAGGAGCGCACGAAGGGCGGCAAGCCUUCAAACGACACUGAAGAAGAGCAGGCGGAUGACGAGAGGGGUGAAGUCGAACUCGAUUUUCUGCGGUGUCCGGUCGUUAACGUCCAGAUAGACACCCCAACCCUCGAAAAAGUAACAGAAAAGCCUUCCAAGGUACCAGCAUCUGAGCAAGAUGCACCCAAACAAAAAAAGGGCAAAAAGAAAGCUAAGGAACCUACUCCGCCUCCCGCAAAACCCACAGAACCCUCAGAGAGCAGCUCAGACGGGAGCGAUGAUAACGAUGAAUCGUCGGAAGAGGAAACCCCGCCGGCCAAGAGCAGUAAAAGCAAGGGGGAGUCAAAGAGGUCAUCGCAUCCAGGUCCUUCGACACAGGAUCGCAAUGCGCUUGACGCCUUGGUGGAGGAGCUAUUCCGGCGGAAAGCACUUGAGAAGCAGCAACAGCAAUUGGUAGACAAAUCGGUUGAAGAAGUGACAAAGCCUGCUUCGAAGGUGAAACCUGCACAGCAAAAGCCGGUCGAAGCAAAAGAUAGCGGGUCGUCCGAGCAGCCUGAGCCCGCCAGCAAACGGCAACCCAAGACUAAAAAGUUCAAGCCGACCCCAGCGGCAGCGAAGAAAUUGAAGGACCCCGAAAAAUGUCACAUCUGCCUUCGCUCCCCGAAUCAUGUACGUUCGCGUUGCGGCUAUGUCCGAAAGGCUGGGACGCAGCUGCUCCGAGAACGACUCGCCCAGGUCCAGGGCGAAGAGUGUGAGGACCCAGACUUCAAGACUGCGCUCAUUCACGAGAUUCAAGAACUGAUCGACAAGAAGGAAGCAAAGGAGCCGCUAUCCACGAAGGUUGCCGCAUCCAGUGUUUCGAUUUCUGUUCCUCCGCUUUCAUCUAACCCUACCACUGGUUCUACUGCACCUGCUGCCGAGAAGCAAACGACAAAAGCAUCUGAUGCUCCAAACAAGGAAUCGUCUGUCGACGAACCGCUUGCAAAUACAGGCUCGAAACCUCAGGCUGGUCCGACGAAGCCAACUGUACAUACAUCCCCCCAGGACGAGGGCCGCCACUCAUCCGCGUCGGAUAGUUCUGAUUCCGAUGAAACACCCCCCCUUUCGAAACAACCCCCCGCCCAGUCUAACCAAUCGAUUACCGCCCCUUUAGCCAGGACUUCCCAACCACGGAAGCCACCACUGUCCUUGAGCGCAAAGGUACAACCUACACGCGUAGUCGGCCACGAUAGCGAUGGUUCAUCGUCUUCUGAAAAGUCCCCUUUUGAUGCUGCUGCUUCAUUGUCUGCUUCCCUUUCGCACCUUGGAUCAGCCGCCGCCCUAGAUGCCGAACUCGAUGCCAUAAUUCGUGGACCAUCAGCGCGCAUCCGAGUGGCUGAGAUAGCCUCUAGCGAUAGUGAUCAAAACGGAGAGGAGAACGAGCUAAUGGAAGAGGAGCCAGAAGAAGAGGAAGAGGUCGUCUCACGCUCUCGACACUAUGCUGGGGUUGAUUCUUCCAACGAGGAAGAAAGUGACGCCUCGGACGACGAUAGCGGUAUCACCAAACCUCCCAUUGUGACCACUUCGACUUCUCAUUCAUUCUCUGAGACGGAAUCACCCGAACCCAGCGAGUCGGAGGAUGACAAUAUUCAGAUUGAGCGGUCCUUUCACGACGUGAACAAGUCUGCAUCUGGGCUCGAGAUCGACCGGGCAGGAGACCGGGCAGUGUCUGAGGCUCUUGCCGAGGAUACGGCCGUGUUCAAGCUCGCCGUCGAGGACAAUGGAUCCAAGGAAUCCUCGGCAGAGUCGGAAGAAGAGAGAAGCGAAGAGAGUGAUAGACCCAUGGCCACUAGAUCGUCGAAGAAGCUACCCGCCCCCAGCACCCCUCUGAAGAAUUCCGUGUCUCGUCGAAAAGACCCUAUCGAGCAGUUCGAAACUCCGAAUAGACGCCCAACAAGCCCCAUCGAAGCCAACUUUGAACGGGACGUGCAGCUGCAGUCAACACCCCGCUUGAUGGACAGAAUGAAAGAUCGAGCUGGAAGGACGACACCUAAACGACCAACAUCCAGCAUCGAUAAGGCUUUGAAGCUUUUGGACAGCGUUAAGGAGGUUGCGACGGCGACGGAGAAUGGCCUCCCAAGACGCACACGAUCGUCAGCUCGUUUGGCUUCGGCAGCAUCAGCCGAAUCUUUCAAGGGCACUAAAAAUACGGCCGCCUCUGCGAAGCCAACGUCUAAAGCCCAGAAACCUGCGUCAACUGCUUCCCAAAGACCCAACACGAGAGCGAGAAAGGCCGCACUUCAAAUGACCAAAGAGGUUGAGGAGUCCGAAGAAGAGCACGGCGAAGGGCCAGCUGCUGAAGGGGACGUAGCUUUGGAUACUUGGGCUGUUCUUGAGGAAGCGUCGCCUCAGGAAGGGGAGACAUCGAUGAUGGAUGAAUUGGAGUCGAUGAACGAAUCAGUGCCCAAGAUGCCUGCGAGUUCUCAGGAGCCACAAGUAAACGGCAAUGAAGAUUCGGAGAACGAGUCCGACGACGAGCAUGAAGUUGAACGAGUAGUGCGACAACCCAGACCAUCCACCCAUCGCCACUCCCAGUCUUUCCGUCGACUCACCGACAUCGCCUCGCAGGGGGCACCCUUCCAGUCGCAGAUCCCGACGCUUCGACCAGCCACCUUUGAGCAACCCAAAGCGACGGAGGAUCAGUUAUUCGGCCUCAACAAUGAUUCGGAUUCUUCGGAUUCAGAUUCAGAUGACUCGGGUUCAGACGACGACAAGAAAAGCUCUCACAUCCCCAAGACUCGGCGCGCGGGGGCAGCCACUUCCAAGCGAUGA